UACACUUAUUCAGAUAUCAAGAAAAUGACUAACUCCUUCAAAGAUAAACUAGGUGGAGGAGGAUAUGGUGAUGUGUUCAAAGGAAAAUUACUUGAUGGUCGUUUGGUGGUAGUGAAGAUCCUCAAUGACUCCAAAGGAAAUGGAGAGGAAUUCAUCAAUGAAGUUGCAAGCAUUAGUAGGACUUCCCAUGUUAAUAUUGUCGCUCUUCUUGGUUAUUGUUUUGAGGGGAUCAGAAGAGCUCUUGUAUAUGAAUUCAUGCCCAAUGGAUCUCUCGAUAAUUACAGGAUUAUGGUUUUGGAAAUGGUUGGAGGAAGAAAGAAUGUGAAAGUGUCAGUGGAUCAUACAAGUGAAAUAUAUUUCCCACAUUGGAUCUAUAAGAAUUUCCAACAAGAUCAAGAGCUAGAACUAGAAGGGAUCACCACUAAAGCAGAAGAAGAAAUUGUUAGGAAAAUGACUUUGGUAGGGCUAUGGUGCAUCCAAAUUGAUCCUUCACAUCGGCGUUCGGUGAGUAAAGUUGUUGAAAUGUUAGAGGGAAGCAUUACUUCAUUGCAGAUCUCUCCAAAGCCUUACUUAUAUUCUCCUUCUAGAUUGCCACUGGCAGAUUGUUCUGGUAUUACUACCUUGGAAAAUUCUUCGAUAACAUAA